AUGGCUGAGGACACAGCCGUUGAGGCAGAAGCCGAAGCCACUGAGGACUCGGCGCUUCCCGGAGAGAAGGAGUACGAAGCCUUGAGGGUUUUCUUUGCAGACCGGGAGGACGACAAGAAAGUGGUGCAGUGGCGCAAGCGCCGCAAGAACUUUACGUCGAAGAAUCAGAAGGAGAAGCACGGGAAGAUCCUUAUGUACCGCAAAUGCCCUGAGGAUGUCCAGAAGGAGUUGGACAAGAGCAGAGAGAAGGUGAUACCUGCACAGUGGGUAAAAUUGAACAAGAACCACAACAAGAGACUUCUUGACCCAUCGGUUGAGCCGAAGUACAAAAGUAGGUUAACGAUCAAGUCACUUGACGUCUCCCUGGGCUCAAGCCCCGCCAGCAUAUGCUGGCGAGAGCACCCAUCUACGGCAGCACUGACGGUGGUAGAAGGUUUUGGAAGCGACUCCGGAACUACCUUAAAGGUAGGGGACUGCGCGAGAACCGCAUCUACCGAGCUUGUACUGUUGCACAGAUGCCGAUGGUGUUGUACAGCUGCUCUUGACGUCCCAUGUGGACGAUCUACUUUGGGCUGGCGAUCCGUCUUGCGAUUGGAUCAUGUGUCGAAGGACACCGGAGCCAAGGAGCUAGGAUGGUUUCUGAUUGACGGCGCCCUGUGGACAAGGGACAAGGGUAGCAUACAUCCCACCUUGUGGGCGAACAAACUCGUUCGGAGGGUCUGUCGCUCCACAACACAGGCAGAGGCCUACACACGUCAAGCAGGUGUGGAGGACGGUGAUGUGCUGAGGGUAGCGGUCACCGACAUUUUCGGAUGCCUCGACAUGCGAAGGUGGGAGGCUACGUCGGCCAAGUUUGUGAAGCAGAUCUGGAUGAGAGACGGCAAGAGUUUGGAACCGACGCUUUCGAACCCGAAGUGUAAUGAACACUCAGACAAGAGAUUGAGUAUCGAGAUCGCGUCUCUUCGCCAAGAACUUUGGCGAAAGGCUGGUGAGAAAGCUGGUGACCCUUUCUACGACGAUUGCAAGCCAGCGGAUGACCAGUUAACUGACAUUGUCAGGUGGAUUGACACUGACGUCAUGAUUGCUGAUCCAAUGACUAAGGUCAUGGAGCCUACCAAGUUGGUAGAAGCACGUUCGACGUGGAGCAGCCGCUCGAAGAGUGUUGUGAAGAAGCGUGCCAAGCAGCUUCCGUACGGUCGACGAAGAGCAAAGAGGACGACGAGUAGAGCCGUCGAUCCUAAGAGGCAAAGUCUCACCACACUGUCGCUGUAA